GGAAAUUGAACGCGCAACACCCCAGACAGUACACCAGCAGUCCGUGGAAUUAGUUGAACGUGUUCAUUCGUCGGCGGAAAUGGCUACGUUAAAUAAAAGAGGAAUUCCUUUGAGCGCACUGAAUCCUAAAUUCUUGCACACAAACUCCACCAGUCACACUUGGACCUUCAGUGCCAUCGCUGAACUGAUCGAAUAUGUUGUCAGACAACGCCUAUGACCCGGAUGUCCGAGCCAAGCAGUUUUGGAUUGACUGGACUCUGAUAAACAACCAGGAUUGCCUCACGUUCAUGGACAAUGGGGCUGGGAUGACCAGAAAUAGAAUGCAUAAGAUGCUGAGUUUUGGUUUCAGUGAUAAACAUUCAGUUAAAUGCCAUGUCCCUGUGGGUAUCUAUGGAAACGGUUUCAAGUCAGGCUCCAUGCGUCUGGGGAAGGAUGCCAUCGUCUUCUCCAAAACCAAGGACACCAUGAGCGUGGGGCUCCUGUCCCAGACGUACCUGAAAGCAAUUCGGGCUCAGCAUAUUGUGGUGCCCAUCAUCACCUUUCGACGUCAUGGACAAAGCCAAGUGGAGGGUGCUGCUAGUCUGCACGCCAUCCUGAAACACUCCCUUUUUAAAACUGAGGGGGAGCUGUUCGCUGAGCUCCGAGCCAUCAAUGCCACUGGCUCCACUGGGACACGGAUCAUUAUCUGGAACCUCCGGAGAGUAACAAAUGGGGACACAGAGUUUGACUUCACUACAGACAGGUAUGACAUCCGGAUCCGAAGGGAUGCGUGUGAAGAACAGCUUGGAAGGAGCACAGAAUCUGUCCCUGAGAGCGAGUAUUCCCUGCAGGCAUACUGCAGCAUUCUGUACCUGAAGCCCCGAAUGCAGAUCAUCAUCAGGGGGCACAAGGUGCGGACUCAGCUGGUCUCCAAAAGUCUGGCAUACAUAGCUAAUGACAACUACAGACCUGCCUUCAUUAGUAAACGUAUCCGCAUAACCUUUGGAUACAACACAAUGAGCAAGGAGCAAUGCGGAAUUAUGAUGUACCACAGAAACCGGUUGAUAAAGGCGUACGAGCGUGUGGGCUGCCAGCGCAAGCAGGCUGACAGCAGAGGUUUGGGGGUUAUUGGUGUCAUUGAAUGCAAUUUCCUCCAACCAACGCACAACAAGCAGGAUUUUGACAACACUGAUAAAUACAGGAAGACCAUGCAUAAUCUAGGUAUUAAGCUGGAGGAGUACUGGAAUGAAAUUCGGUACAAGCGCAAGAAAGCGGACCCCAAGUGCAGUACACCCCUAGAGGAUGCUGUGAAGUUUCCAGAUCAAAGCUGGGUCCAGUGUGACAAAUGCCUGAAAUGGAGAAGGCUUGCAGACGGGAUUGACUGUGGCCUGCUGCCUGAGAAGUGGUUCUGCCAGAUGAACCCAGACCCCCAGUUCAGGAGCUGCCAAGCGGAAGAAGAGCCUGAGGAUUCUGAUGAGGAUCAUUGGGCAUACCCCAAACCCUACAAACGAAAGAGGAAGACUAGUAAAACUCACAUUGAUGCAAAAGACAGAGAACAGAUGUUUCUAGACACAGUUGCUGUGAAGCCGGCUGCAGUAGGUCUCUCUUUAUGCAGUACUGCUUGGGAGUCACUGGGGGGCGCUCUGACCAGCUCUGGCUCUGUUGACCCUGCUCUUCUGGUCUCCAGUCCUCGUAAUCCCAUUCCUCUGGGGCGUGCAAGUAAGAACAAUGCAGUUAUGAGCAUGGCAGGGGAGAACCGGACAGGUUUGAGCAUGGCAGGUUGUCACAUUUCUGCAAACAAGAUGGCGAUAGUCAAUGCCAGCUCCUUCUCCACUGCCCUUGCUAGGGUGAAACGAAAAUUGGCUAUCCAGGUUCCCAUGGAGACGCUCACGGAGACCUUCACCUUGACAAAUGAUUCCUCUCCAAUGCCACCCAGACCGCUCACUUCCACCAGAGGCCAGAAGACAGACUACAGACCCACGAUGAGGAGGGCGGAGGAGGUAGAGGCGGAGGGAAGCAGGGAUACCUGGCCAGGGUGGCAGGGGGAACAUGGGAGGGUUGCACCGGCGGGGUCCGAAAGCCAGGUGGAGGCUGUGGUGACCAUGAUGGAGGUGGGGGAGGAGAAGAUGAAGGAGCAGCGGGUCCAGGAGGAGGCGCGGCGUGAGGAGCACAGAGUGUGCAGGGAGCAGGUUCAGAAGCUCCAACAGGAAGUGGGGGAGCUGAGGGCUGAGUGCGCCGCCCUGCAGUCCACCAGGAGAGAGAGAGCCGAGCUCAGCCGCAGGCUGGUGAGUGUGGAGGCAGAGAGAGGAGAUCUCUUUUCUCAGUGUAAGCAGCUGAAGACAGAGUUGGGGCACCUUAAGAGAGAGCUGGAUGAUCUGAGGGAGGCUGGGACCAGGGCCCUCAGUCCCAGCCCAGGUGAAGACUACAGGCUGAGCAGCCUGCGCCAGAGUGUGGGCCGCCUCCUGGUGUCCUUUGUGCCUGCGCUGAACCUGGACCAAGUCGACUAUGACAGCAACAUCAUUGACAAAAUCCUGGAGCAGGUCCUGUACGAGGUCACCUAGCUCUCUCCCCACCCUUUUCUAUUGUAAAUUUAUUCUCUACAGUUUAAUAAAGCUGUCUCUGAAUUAAAA